GAAAACGUGCAACAGAAGCCUCAGCAGACCCCUUCGGACGACCUGUUGUCAGUGAACGUAGCGCAGUCCCUCAGUUUCGUUGGUAGAGUUCGAGCUGUCUACCAAGCCACCUUAGUGUCCGGCUGUGUAACGCUUGCUGCAGGCUGCUGUACGAAGCCAUGUCGACCACCACCACCACCAUCGCGCCGUCCAAGGCCAACAUUGGCGUCUACACCAAUCCAGCGCACGACCUCUGGGUUGGUGAUGCAUCGCCGACAAAGGAAGAAGUCGAGAAGGGCGAGAGCUUGAACCCUGGCGAGAUCACAAUAGCCAUCAAGAGCACGGGCAUUUGCGGGUCCGAUGUUCACUUCUGGCAUGCCGGCCGUAUAGGGCCAAUGAUCGUGGAGGAUACGCACAUCCUUGGACAUGAGUCUGCAGGUAUCGUUGUUGCGAAGCAUCCUUCAGUCACCACGCACAACGUCGGCGACCGCGUGGCUGUGGAACCCAACAUUAUUUGCGGCGAGUGUGAACCGUGCUUGACGGGUCGAUACAAUGGCUGCGAUAAAGUCGAGUUUCGCUCAACGCCACCUAUCCCAGGCUUGCUGAGAAGGUAUGUCAACCAUCCAGCUGUAUGGUGCCACAAGAUCGGGAACAUGAGUUACGAGGAUGGCGCGCUACUCGAGCCUCUGUCCGUGGCACUAGCAGGCAUGCAGAGGGCGAACAUCACGCUCGGUGACAGUGUGUUGGUAUGCGGUGCUGGUCCCAUCGGUCUGGUAACGCUUGCAUGUGUGAAGGCUGCAGGCGCAGAGCCCAUCGUGAUCACGGACAUUGAUGAAGGCCGCUUAAAGUUCGCAAAGGAGUUUUGCCCGUCUGUUCGGACGCACAAGGUCGAGUUCUCUCAUUCACCGGAAGACUUUGCGAAACUGGUGGUAGAGAAAGCUGAUGGCGUUGAGCCAGCCGUGGUCAUGGAAUGCACAGGUGUCGAGUCGUCCAUCUCCGGCGCAAUCCAUGCCGCAAAGUUUGGUGGCAAGGUUUUCGUUAUCGGUGUUGGACGGCCAGAGAUCAAAAUCCCUUUCAUGCGCUUGAGUACUCGAGAGGUUGACUUGCAAUUUCAAUAUCGAUACGCCAAUACCUGGCCCAGAGCAAUUCGACUGCUGAAAGGUGGUGUGAUUGACCUUAGCAAGCUCGUAACGCAUCGGUUCAAGCUGGAAGAGGCCGUGGAAGCGUUCAAGGUAGCCGCAGACGCCAAGCAAGGGGGCAUCAAGGUCAUGAUACAAAGUAUGGAAGACGGAGAGAAAUAGCCUGACGAUGAAGAUCGCGAAGCGUAUCUGCAGGUUAUGGCAG